GUUAGCGUUACUGUGCGGCCCUGCAUGGCAGUCAGUUGCAGAAAUACCAAUUAGUGUUAGUCUAGUUUUGCCCGUGGUCAUUUACGAAUCGAAUUUCAGUCACAUAAAAUCUGCUAGAAUUUACAAAGGCUCCCAUAAGAGGCUUUCAGUUGCACGCAAUAAUUUCCAAUGCAGAAUACCUGCAAUUCGGCAUACUACAGCUGGAAACGCUGGUGUCAAUGCAAGAGGAAGUCAGCUAACGUUAGCUGCCUGACUUAAAUAGGAAGCAAGCUAACAGCCAACACAGGUAGAUGCACAUUGACUGGGACAAGUCAACUACGGAUAGCAGGCACGAAAUCUAAACGGAACUGGCUGUACUUUGUGGGAUUUUGGAUAGCUGUUCAACCUCAAACUUUUUUGUCGACACGUUUUUGGAAGCUUGCUCCCGGCGUUGUGUAGCAAUGCGGAGGGUAACGAUGCCGGGGGUUGGCUGGCUGGUGGUGGCAGUUUUGUCCCUCCUGAUUGAGCUGUGUCGGACUGAAGGAGGGGGCCCUAGCCUUGCUGAGCGUGUAAUAUAUGCUGUAAAUUCUGGCGGAGAGGCUCAUACAGAUGCAGAUGGCAUCCACUACAAGAAAGAUCCUUUAGAAGGAAAGGUUGGAAAAGCCUCUGAUUAUGGAAUGCGUCUGCCUAUAUUACGCUCCAACCCAGAGGAUCAGAUUCUCUACCAGACAGAAAGGUACAAUGAGGAUACGUUUGGGUACGAGGUGCCCAUCCGCGAGGAGGGAGAAUACAUUCUGGUGAUGAAGUUUGCAGAGGUCUACUUUGCGCAGUCACAACAGAAGGUUUUCGAUGUGCGUCUGAAUGGCCAUACCGUAGUGAAGGACCUGGACAUCUUUGAGCGUGUUGGGCACAGCACAGCACAUGAUGAAAUUGUGGCCUUUUCCAUAAAGAGGGGCAAACUGAGUGUGCAGAGGGAAGUUUCUACCUUCAAUGGCAAGCUCACGGUAGAAUUUGUUAAGGGCUACUAUGACAACCCUAAGGUGUGCGGACUAUAUGUGAUGAAGGGGACACUAGAAGAUGUUCCAAAGCUGCAACCUCACCCUGGAAUGCUUGAUAAGCGGGAGCCUGAGGAGAUAGAUGAGGAAGACCUGGAUCUGCCCGACGACGGCAGAAGCAAGAGUCCCUCCGCUGCCGCCAAGAACCGCGUGCAGUCGGGCCCACGCACGCCGAAUCCGUACGCCGCCGACAACAGCAGCCUCAUGUUCCCAAUCCUGGUGGCCUUCGGAGUCUUCAUCCCCACGCUCUUCUGCCUCUGCCGGCUGUGAGAGAGCCACAGACCCUGAGGGAGGAGGAGAGGAGAGGAAAGGGCAGGGAGUCAGCCGGUGAUGGACAUAAGACUGUGAAGGAGGUGGUGGGGGUGAAGAGUUGGAGGGGGUAGUCUGCACAGGUGUGAAAGGAAUCAGGGGCGAGCGGGAAGGGAGCAUGUAAAUGAAGGGAUGGGUAAAGGUGAAAGCUGAUCACUAAAUGAAAUGAAAAGAGAAAAAGAAAAGAAAUUGGCUUGUGACUUCAGAAAUUGCUUCUUCGUUGACUGCUGUCACAGAAGGGCUGAGA